AUAGAGAAUGUGACUGCACUUUGGAGGACUGCAACACGCUGCCUGGUGGUUGAAGUGUUACUGAACAGGAAGUUGCUGAGUAGAAUUGAGACAGCUCCAGCAGACAUGAGGGUCUCUUGUCAUAUUCUUGUCUUGUGUUUCUUAGCAAGCGUCUGUUCACUCGCGGAAGUUCCAGUUCUGACAUUUUUUGUUUGGCCAAUCCCAGGAGCUCUGCAAAAUGUCAGUAAGAAUGACACCGGGGUCAAGAAUGCUGUCCUGAUGGGAACCUACUCGUAUAACAAUAAAUCCAAUGAUGCUUUCCUGUUCAAAGCAUCAGCUGUUGAUGAGGCAAAAAGACAGAUAGUAAAAGGUGUCCGCUACGUUCUGGAAGUAGAGAUCUCUCGGACAAUGUGCAGGAAGAUGCGCAACAAUGAUGAUCUCAAUAAGUGUCCCUUCCAGAGAGACAGUCUGUUAAAGCAGACAUUUCUCUGUCAUUUUGAGGUGUGGUCCAUUCCAUGGAUGAAGACCAUGUCAACCAAAUAUUUUAACUGUCGUUCUAUUGAGAAACUCUAAAAUGACCUUUUCAUCACAACCUCUUUAACAAUGGCUUUCUGAAAUGUCAUGUAAGGUUAAUUAGAAACCAAACUGAUUGUGAAACUAAAACCAGAAGCAGCGAUUAGCGCAAUACAGAAUGUGAUAUGUGAAU